AUGUCUUUCGUUCGACCUGCUAUCUGCAGGGCUUGUCAACAGGCAAAGUUUCGUCCGUUUCGACCAAUUCGAGGCUUCGCUACAGCGCACGGCAGUCAACAACCGCCGACUCCACCGCAGUCGCCGCCAGCAGACAACUUCGUCAAGCUGGUCGAGGUUGGACCCCGCGAUGGCCUCCAGAAUGAAAAGAAGGCCAUUCCGUUGGCGACCAAGAUCGAAUUGAUCGAGAGGCUGGCCAAGACGGGCCUGACCGCCAUCGAGGCCGGCUCGUUUGUGUCGCCGAAAUGGGUUCCCCAAAUGGCCAAUUCGAGCGAAAUCAUGGAGCACAUUCUCACAAAAGCCAUCUCUUCGCCCUCUCCACUACUUUACUCCUUCCUGGCGCCCAACGCCAAGGGUCUCCAGAACGCCACAGACCUGCUCGAGAAACACCCCGAUGCCUUCUCCUCCCUGGUCCGGCCACCCACCGACGUAUCUUCCAAGCCAGGCGUGGAGAUUGCCGUGUUCGCGGCUGCUACCGAGUCGUUCUCUAAGAAAAACCUUAACUGCGACAUCGCCACCUCGCUCGAACGAUUUCGCGAGGUCAUCCAGAAGGCCAAGUCCAGCGGUGUGCGUGUACGGGCCUACAUCUCCGUCGUCCUGGGCUGUCCCUUUGAGGGAUACGAUGUAGACCCUCACAAGGUCGCAGAGAUUGCGACGGACCUGCUCGAGUCCGGUGCCGACGAGAUCUCGCUUGGCGACACGACGGGCAUGGGCACCGCGCCGAGGACCAAGGCCCUGCUCGACUGCAUGCGGUCUGCGGGUAUCCGUAACGAGGAUCUGGCAAUGCACUUUCACGACACGUACGGCCAGGCGCUGGUGAACACGGCCGUCUCGCUGGAGCAUGGCAUCAGGACCUUUGACAGCAGCAUUGGAGGACUUGGUGGGUGCCCCUACAGUCCUGGUGCGACGGGCAACGUAGCCACGGAGAAUAUGGUGUACUUCUUGAGCACGCUCGGCAUGGAGACCGGCGUCGAUCUAGAUGCCGUGUCGGAUAUCGGAGCUUGGAUCACGGGCGAGCUGGGCAAGUCAAAUGAGAGCACGGUGGGCAAGGCGGUGCUGGGAGCGCGCUCCAGGGCGUAG